AUGGACAAAAGUCGGAUACACCUCACCGAUAGGUUUAAGUCAAGGGAAUAUCGCAUUGGGGUUAGGCAAUUCCUCACAAUGGCUCGAGCUCAUGCCCAAGGAAAUACAAUGAUGAAGUGUCCAUGCCGUAAAUGUCGUAAUAAUUCCUUCUUGCCAAUCAACGAGGUAGAAAGACAUUUGUUUAUUACAGGUAUUGAUCCAAAUUAUAAUAAUUGGAUUUUUCAUGGGGAGCAAAACCCCAUUAAUUUCAUGGCCGAGGACAAAGAUGAUACACCUGAUGAUGGCGACAAUAGUUAUAUUGAUGACAUCGACGAUAUGUUGGGUGACAUUCAUGUGGCAAACAAUGUAGGGCAAGAAGAAGACAUGGCUCCACACCCCAGGGAGCCCAGCACGGUUGAACCCGAACCAACCACCUUUGAGAAGCUGCUGGAAGAUGCUCGUCGUCUACUUUGUGAUGGUUGCAAAGCAUUUUCCAAACUAUCAUUCAUUGUUAAGUUUCUCUGCAUCAAAACUAUUGGCGGUUGGAGUGUAAAGUCCUUUGACAUGUUGAUAAAACUAUUGAAAACAAUUUUUCCUGAUUCACUCUUGGUAGAAUCUUUUCAUGAGGCACGCACAUUGGAGCGAGGGUUGGGAUUUAGAUACAUUAAAUUUCAUGCCUACCUAAACGAUUGCAUACCCUAUGGGUUGUCAGCCACACCUUCUAAACGACCAGUGCCCCAAAAGGUAGUGAGGUAUUUUCCCUUGAAGCCAAGGCUGCAAAGACUAUUUAUGUCCAAGAAAACAGUUGUAUCCAUGAGGUGGCAUCAUGAAGAAAGGGUACAAGAUAAAAGCACUUUGUGCCAUCCAACUGACUCUGAGGUGUGGACCAUAUUUGAUGCCGAGCAUCGUUGGUUUGCCCAAGAUCCUUGA